AUGAACUUUACGGAACGGUUUCAAAUCCUCGUUUCUGCACCUCUUUCUGAUGUGAAAUUAAGCUUUUCACAAUCCCUUUUUUUUUUCUUUUUCUUUUUUUUCAUAUCAGGGAACUCUCGAUUUCUUGUACGAUUAUUCCUUCCGGUGGGUAAGAAUUUCGGUGGAGACUGGAUCUAUCUAUCUAUCUAUCUAUCUAUCUAUCUAUCUAUCUAUCUAUCUAUUUCAGUCUGUUUAUAUCUAUCUAUCUGUCUAUCUGGUUUUCUUUUUAGAUCUAUCUAUCUACCUAUCUAUUUAUUUCGGGCUUUCUAUCUAUCUAUCUAUCUAUCUAUCUAUCUAUCUAUCUAUCUAUCUAUCUAUCUGGUAUUCUUUUUAGAUCUAUCUAUCUAUCUAUCUGGUAUUCUUUUUAGAUCUAUCUAUCUAUCUAUCUAUCUAUCUAUCUAUCUAUCUAUCUAUCUAUCUAUAUAUAUAUAUAUAUAUAUAUAUAUAUAUAUUUCCGGUUUUCUUUUCAGAACAAUCUAUUUAUCUGAGGCUUUCUUUGAGAUUUAUUUAUCUAUCUAUCUGAUUUUCUUUUUAGAUCUAUCUAUCUAUCUAUCUAUCUAUCUAUCUGGUAUUCUUUUUAGAUCUAUCUAUCUAUCUAUCUAUCUAUCUAUCUAUCUUUCUAUCUGA